UGGUAUCUAUAAUUAUUGUACGAGCAGUCGCAUGAAUCCCGGGUUUACUUCAGAACCUCUCGCGGGCCCUGGCGCAAAUCUGAGUAAUAAUCGAGGCGCAAAUUUAAUGGGAAGUGAUUUAUAUCAAAAUCUUCAAAGAUAUCUUGAAAGAUACCUUCAUACUAUUCGCGAGCUCACUCUUGUCAGCUGGCGAGAUUAUAUGUUCAUGCAUGUAGAACGUCAUGUAAUGGCAGCAGUUCUAAAACUCAUAGAACGUCAAAGAAACGGUGAGAGCGUCGAGACCGUUGCCCUUGGUCUUGAUGAUGCAGAUUCCACGAAAUCAACACUUGAUGUAUACAAGGAGCAUUUUCAAAAGCCGUUCGUGGAAGCUUCCGAAGUAUAUUAUAAAGCAGAAUCGGAGAAAUUUGUCAGUGAGAACAGCGUCACCGAAUAUAUGAAGAAGGCAGAGGCUCGUUUACGUGAGGAAGAAAAUCGGGUUAAACUAUACUUACAUCAAA